UCAGUCAAUGGUGACUUCGUUUUCGAUCUUUCUCUAUCUUCAAUCAACGACGACUUUACCAUCCAAUGAGCAGCCAUCGUCGUGAGCAAAGUUGAGCAUCUCUGUUGUGUUUUGGAAGUGAGCUUCUUGCAUUGUCGAAAUGAAUUAUCCUAGCUUUCCAGGCAGUUCAUCUUCUCGGAGGACCUGGAAAUACGAAGUUUUUCUGAGUUUCAGAGGUGAGGAUACUCGCAAUAGUUUCGCUGGUCAUCUUUUUUCUGCUCUUCAACGGAAAGGUAUAUUUACCUUCAAGGAUGACAAAAGGCUCGAGAAAGGAGAACCCAUUAAACCUGAGCUCCUCAAAGCAAUUGAGCAAUCCCGAAUUUCUUUCGUCGUCUUUUCCCAAAACUAUGCUGAUUCAUCAUGGUGCUUGGACGAGCUGGCGAAGAUAUCUGAGGGAAUUAGCGAACCAGGAUACUUUAUCGUACCAAUUUUCUUCGAUGUCGAUCCAUCUGAUGUUCGAAGACAGAGUGGGAAGUAUAGAGAAUUCUUUGAUAAACAUGAAAGAGACUUCUGUGAUAAUAUAGAUAAGGUUCAAAGAUGGAGGAUAGCGUUGACUCAAGUAGCCAGUCUCGCUGGUUAUGAUGUACGGGCUAAAUCAGAGUCUGAUGUCAUUGAUGAAAUUGUUACUGAUGCAAUACGCAAAUUGGGUCAUAGAUUCUCAAGUCUGGCUGAUGAUCUAGUUGGGAUGCAAUCUCGUGCAGAAGCAUUUGAAAACCUUUUAGAUUUAGAAUCAGAAGAUGUUCGAAAAGUAGGUAUGUGGGGGAUGCCUGGAGUAGGGAAGACUACUCUAGCUGCAGUUGUAUACGAUAGGAUCUCUCACCGUUUUGAUGCUUGCUGUCUUCUUCUUGAUGUAAGUAAAGUUCACAAGGGUCCUGGACUUGUACGUCUGCAAAAACAACUCCUCCGUGAAACACUGCAGGAAGAUAUAGAGAUAUGGGAAGAUCACAGGGGAACCAAUUUAAUAAGCACUAGGCUUCACCACCUUAAAACUCUUAUUGUUGUUGACAAUGUUGAUCAUGCUGAUCAAUUGGAGAAACUGGUUGGAAAGUCCUCAUGGUUUGGGCCGGGAAGUAGGAUCAUCAUAACAACUAGAGAUUUGCACAUCUUAACCAGGCAUGGAGUGGAUGAAGUUUAUGAGGUUAAACUACUGAAUGAAGAUGAAGCUCUUCAACUUCUCUGUAGAAAAGCCUUCAAACAAGAUGAUCCCUUGAGUGACUUUAAAGCGAUGACUCAUAGUCUGCUACAAUAUGCUAAAGCCCUUCCACUGGUAAUCAAAGUGUUAGGUUCCUUUAUGUAUGGGUUGGAAAUAUCAGAGUGGAUUGCUCAGUUAGAAAGACUGAGAGAAAAUCCUGACCAAGAGGUUAUGGGAGUUCUUGAAACAAGUUUUGUUCGGCUUGAGAAGAAGGACAAGGAUAUAUUUGUCGACAUUGCUUGUUUCUUCAAGGGAGGAGACGAGAACUAUGUGACAAAAAUUCUAGAACAUUGUGGAUUCAAUCCUAAAAUUGGACUUAGGGUUCUCCGUGACAGAUCACUUCUGAACAUUGUUAAUGGAACAUUCUGGAUGCACGAUAUGCUGCAAGAACUGGGAUGGAAAUUCGCAAGGGGAGAAUUUCCUGAUGAGCCAGCAAAGUGGAGUAGGCUGUGGUCAUACAAAGAUAUUCAAACCGUAAAGACAGGAACGGAAAAAGUUGAAGCCAUCGUCCUGAGCCCGGAAGAUCUGCAAGAGACGCCAUUGAAGGCUGAGGCUUUAUCACAAAUGAACCGCCUCAGAUUAAUCAUAUUCCCUGAUAAUGUGAAAUUUUCAGGAAACCUCACUAACCUGUCCAACGAGUUACGAGUUCUUUCAUGGCAUAAAUUUCCUUUCAGCUCUUUGCCAUCAGGUUUUGAACCAGAUAAACUUGUCGAGCUGAUCAUGCCUGACAGCAACGUAAGACAACUAUGGGAAGGCGAAAAGAGAUUGCCAAAGUUGAGAAACAUGGAUCUACGUGGCUCUAAAAGUCUGAUCAAGACGCCAAAUGUUAAAGGAGCAGAAAAUCUUGAGAGGUUAGAUCUUGAAGGAUGUACUGGAUUGUUGCAGGUCGAUCCGUCUGUUGGAGAUCUUAAAAAGAUCACGUUCCUGAAUUUGAGAAACUGUAAUCAUCUCAUAAGCAUCCCAAACACCUUAUUUCUGUUAACUUCUCUUGAAAUUCUGAACCUUUCGGGCUGCUCAAGACUUGCGAAAUGGUUGAACUUCGAAGGACCUCGAUAGAGCUGAACUCACUGAGCAAUCAAACACUCUCAAUCUUUCAGUAAAUUAUCUUUGUCAGCUUUUUCCCACAA